AUGCAAAAUAAAAAUGUUUAUCUUUACGUGCCAAAUAUUAUUGGCUACAUUAGAAUAAUAUUAGCAUUAAUUGCAUUUAUUGUGUGUAAAAAAAAUUUGGCAGUUUUUACACUUUUUUAUGGAACUAGCCAAUUGCUUGAUGCCUUAGACGGAUGGACAGCAAGAAAGUUCAAUCAAACAUCAUGCUUUGGACAGAUAUUAGAUCAAAUUACAGAUAGAUUGUCCACGUGCAUAUUAUAUCUUCUUAAUGGAAGCGUAUACGAUAACUAUAUUAUAUUGAUAGGACUCCUUAUGAUUGCUGAUAUAGGGGGGCAUUAUAUCCAUGCAGCAUCGUGCGCUAUUGCUGGAAAUAAGACACAUAAAAAAAUCGAAAAUGGAAAUAAACUACUAAAACUAUAUUAUGAAAAACCAAGUGUAAUGGUUGCUUGUAUUAUUGCUUAUGAAUCGUUUUGGGUUUCGUCUUAUAUAUUAAAAAUUACUGACGUAAAUCACAUUUUUCACAUAAUAUGCAAUUAUACACUCAAGAUAUCAUUUCCUUUAGCGGCAUUUAAAGCGAUCACAAACAUAUCUCAGGGAAUAUAUGGCGCUCGAAGUUUAGUGGAAAUAGAUCAUAUGAAAAUGAAAAAUAAAAAUGGUCAUUAA